AUGGAUUUGUCUUUUGGCCUACAAAGAAAGCGGCAGCACACGUGGGUGUCCCCACCAACAAUAUCGCAAGAGGAGAGUGAUGACGCUGAUAUGGACAUUAUUUUCCCUUCAACGAAACGCUCUCGCUUAUUUUGCGACUGCUACGCAUUGUCUCCCGACGUUGUCAUUGAUAAUGAAACGCUAGAAAGCGAUAUUUCCAUGGAUAUCAGCGUAAAGAGCACUGCCGAGGAUGGUGCUGAAUACGCAGUCGAAUGGUGGAAACGGGCUUCGGUAAAACAAGGACAACAGAAACCUCCCAUGCUAGAUGACGACGAUAUGGUUUGCCAUGUUUGCGAUUCUGUUUACAAAAAACCUACUUCAAUCGCCUCUACUCCUUUUUGCAACACUUUCAAGCCCGAGAAUUCGAUUCUUUCGUAUUUCAAAUGCACGUCCAAAACUACAGCCAAGAGGACGAAGCCUUCAUCGGUAACAAUUCCCGAAAUCGCACCGACUACAUCAACUUCUUGUACUUUUUGUGAGCGGCAAACCUGUCAAAAUUGCCUGGAACGAUGCGAGAAUUGCCAAAAGCAGUUUUGCCGAUUGUGCAUACGAAAUGAUUAUUUAGGAAAUUAUUCAAAGAUCCUUUGCUUGGAUUGCGCAGACGGCGGAUUUCACGAGGAUACAGCGAUGAAAGUUUAA